UUACACCGGAAGUUCGGCGCAGGAACAAGUCAAGCCAGAUGCUGUAAAAAUGUCUUCCUCAGGUUUUUAAACAUGUCUCCUCCACGUUUACUUUGACCGCAGCGCUGUGCAGGAUGUUGGUGGGGUACAGCAGCAGCUCCGAGGAGGAGAACCAGGAGGAGCACCAGGAGGAGCACCAGGAGGAGACUGCUCCCAACAAAGAUGCUUCUCCCACGCGUGAGGAGGAAGAGGAGGGAGAGGAUGGCUGCCCGGCGAGGAAGAAACCCAGAGCUGAACCACAGGUCACCAAAACAAGGCUUCCUGUCCCUGGUUCCCUCAUGUCCAUGUUCCCAGAUGACGAUGACCCAGAGACGGAGGACAGUUCCCUCCACGGUGGACGGAUCCGCUCGUUCAGACACGAGAGAGGAAACUGGGCCACCUAUGUUUAUUUACCAUACCAUCCUGAGGAGGAGUUUGAGGAGGUGCUGGAGGAGCUGUUCUCCGCUGCGAGCGACGGGGGGGUGGAUUUGACCCAACAGGAGGAGUUCCACCUCAGCCUGUCUCAGACGGUGGUGCUGAGACACCACUGGAUCCAGCCCUUUAUACAGAGCCUCCGGGCAGACCUGGCCCACUGCAAGAAGUUUGUUUGCUCUGCGAGGAAACUGAAGGUCUAUUGUAACGCUGAGAAGACGAGGACGUUCCUGGGAAUAGAAGUGUGUUCUGGUCAAACUCAGCUGUUGGACGUAGUCCGAGUCGUGGACAGAACGAUGACAGAGUUUCGUCUGGACACUUUUUACAAGGAGCCGUCUUUCCAUGUGAGUCUGGCCUGGUGUGUCGGAGACAUGAGGGAGAAGAUGGACGGAUGUAUUCAGAAGCUGCAGUGCUUGGUUGAUGAACGUGAAGAAGGACCGUUUGAGCUGAGGCUGGACGGCGUGGAGCUGCGCUGCAGGACAGGAAACAAAACCUUCCGCUUCCCCCUGGAGCCAUAAGACCCGAGGAGACUGGAACCUCUCAGGUCAAAGGUCACACUACAAAACCAGGAGAGGGAUCUUACAGCUUCAUUCCAACUGUUACUCACUGUGUUUAGAAAUCUCCUUUUAAUAAUGGCAAAGACAAUCAAGGCAAAAUGGCCGAAAGAAUAAAUGUUAUUGUAAUUUUCUGCAUUAUUUUUACCACUGAUUGUGAAUAAAGUUUCUAUGUGUAGUGUAUCAUUGUUUUGUUUGGGACCAUAUGAAUGUUAUCAGUUAUUUAUGUCCAAAAAUAUUGUGUGACUGAAACAAGCUUUUAGAGAAAAAUGACGUGUGCUAACGUGUAAAAUGAUAAAUGUCAUGUUUGAGAGACGAGUCCAAAGGAAGAUGCAUAACACAAGUAACAUUUGAGAUAUUUUACUGUGUAGAAGGCAACACACGUUCAUUACACACAAUCUCACGAUAGUCUUCAGCAGAUAUGAUUGUUAGAUUAUGUCAAUGGCACGAGGACAAUCACCCAAGAGAAUUAGAUUCGGGCUGAAACUCUUCGAGGACAAGGAAUCACGUACACUUGUAUCUAAAGAUGGACGACAUGAUAACUCCCGUUAUAGUGAAGCCAAAUCAUCUUGUUCGACCCCUAGUGGCCGUGGAUGGGAUGGUUUGUCAUUUUUAGGUUCUAAUCCCUCUUUGUUCAUGUUUCCUUUAACUUUGGUUUUAGUUGUUGCUGUAAAAACGGGCUGAGACCUCAUGAUUGCAGCUGAGACUGACUCGUGAUUGGUCGAGCCUCCACAUCAGGAUCACUACUGUGCCGACGGACUCUGAAUGGAGCCACCAGACCAAGAUGGCAACGUUCAGUUUCAGGCUUGUUCAACGGGAGGAGGUGGAGGCGCGUCGUCCAUCUUUAUUUACAGACUGGUUUAAAACAGAGGAAAUGAGAAAACCAUAACCUCCAAUAUGAAAUAAAAGCCCACCCAGUUCGUGCCUGUGUGAAUCCAGCCCAGUCGAGGCACCUGGUUCACUCUGAGAUUAAGAAGAACAUGUAGUGAAAAGUCUAAAUAUAUAGAUUAGACAGAGAGACGUAAAAACUGUGUGGACAGAGGCACUUCCUGCCAACUUAUAGUUUGAACCCUUAAGUUAACAGCUCAUGUAACACGAACGAAAAUAGAAACAAGGCCGUUCAUGGAGGAUCGGGGUCUUAAAGCUUGGCUGCAUGCAACAACAAAAAGAUCACCGGAAAUGAAAUGAUAGUAAAUUAAUAGACUGUAUAUAAAGAUGGCCGACGUGAUGGCUCUACAAAUAGGGAAGCCAAAUUAUCUUGAUCACCCCCUGGUGGCUGGCUGCAGUACAGGUCAUGAGCUCCGCACCACGAUCACUACGUCACAGACACAGGCAACAAA